AUGCAGUCAGCAUUGGACAUCAUUUCUAAUGCCAGUCUCUCACCUACUGAGCAUUUAUUGCUGAAGCACUUUGUCGAGGGUGCAGUUCAUCCAGAAAAGGCAGCUGGCUAUCUUCUGUCCAGAGUCCAGGCAUCUAAGGGUCAAGUGGAGAAUACCCUUCGCCAGCUCAAACAGGAAUGGAGACAUCUUGUAUCUUUAGUCACGACGUUUGACCCGAUUCCCCGCCAUGUCCAAGAUUUGGCUAUUCAGCGGGAUGGCGCGGACUAUACAAUGAGACGAAUACCGAGUCAUUCUCCAGGAUCCAAGACAGAACCUGCAUACGUGAUUCCCCCAUCGAUGAUUCGGAGUCUCGAUUCUGGUGAUCAGAACGUUUUAAUGCCACUACUGGAGGCAUUUCUAUCUGUGGACUAUGUUUCCAGACUCAGAACGCUCCUUGAGACCGAGCCAGAUGAUACUCCGACACUGCUCCAGAAUAUCCUGUCUCUUCCCCCAAGUAUACAUAAAGCAUUUCGCGCAGGACAUCUCGAUAUUCGUACUCGGACUGAAUUACGUGGAAAUCCACCACCUAUAGAUGAGUAUCCCGAUAAUUGCGGAUAUGGACUACGUCGUCUCUACCCAGAGGAAAUCUCCGGCUUAUAUCUAGGGGACGGCACUCCGUUCGAAAAUAUAAUGCAUUAUUUCCAGCUAGCUACAUCGGAUCCUAAACGACUCCGCCUCCCGAGCAGCUUCUUGAUCAACGUGCAUUUUCGGUUUGCCACCGCAUUACAUCUGUUCUAUAUCGAGGAUAAGGUUGCCAGGGGGUGGCCUCGAAAGUCACGACUUCCAGACCUUCACGUACCGGAAACUCUAAAACAUGCAUUAACCUUGCUUUGGCUGAAAGUACCACAAUAUAUACGCGUGUCAGUAUACACACUUCUAAACAAAAUCGGACGCAGACUCUAUCCACUCGAAGCCAGUGUUUGGGCCCAGCGCCUACCAUUCGGACUAUACAUGAAGCAAUGCACACGCGCUCCACAGAACGAACCAAAUGUUCUAAGACUCAUUGAAAAGAAAACAACCAUCCCAGCCCCACGACUGAUCGACACCUGGGAGUCCGACGGGAUAGCUAAUAUCCUCAUGACACGCCUCUCGGGUGUACCAGUUCAGGAGGUCUGCCACUUAAUGUCCUACCCCGAGCGCGAUCGCUUUGCGAGGGAUAUCAGGGAUUGUGUUGAGCAGCUACGCAGACUCCCGAAUCGGUCACCGUAUUUGAUAUGUGACUCCCUCGGUGGCGCGAUUACGGACCACCGCAUCCCAGGAGAUACUGGGGGUCCGUUCAAGACAGAGUCUGAAUUCAAUGACCACCUAUCAAGUCAUCUCAAGGUCCCCUUCUCAAGAGUCGUUGAGCUGAAGGGUCUCUCUCCGCGUGACCACGAGCACUUUUACUUUACGCACGCGGACUUUCAUCCGAGUAAUCUGCUUGUGGAGGGCGGAUGUCUGAGUGGGAUUGUGGAUUGGGAGUCUGCGGGCUUUCGGCCGGAGUAUUGGGAGUUUACCAAGGCUAUGUAUGGCGCUAUGGGAGGGGGUGUGAUGGGGGAUAUUUUCUGGCGGGCUUUUGGGAGGGAGUAUGAAGCUGAACUGGAGGUGGAGAGGGAGAUGUGGUAUUUGACUCCGUUUGGGUCUUGA